AAUUAUAAUAUUCUCAUGAUAUGUGAAAUGCAAUUCAAUGUAGCAACUACAGCUUGGUUAUAUGCAAGUUUUAUGAAGUCUUCUUAAUGAUGAACCUAAAUUGGAUAAUAGAGCUGUGCGCAGUAUUGAUUUCUGCAGAAUGUGUCCAGUCAAAUGAUCCACUAAUAAACGUUAGACCGCUGUGUAGAUCCAACUUGGUAGUUACUUGUAAUGCGAGUAGUGGACUAUACGGAUUGUGGAUAUUUUAUAGAAGUCGCAAUGGUUCUGAAAACAUGGAAAACAUGGGAAAGGUAUCUGAUAAUGAACGAGAAUGUAAAGUUACUACCCGAGAAACUACACAAUCAACGCAGUGUAUUUGCAUCGACGCCAAUCAUGUCAUGUGCAACAUAUUCGAUCAUAUGAUUGCUAAACCAGGUGACAGUUGGCAAUUUGCUAGACAUGUAAAUGGAUCUCCACUUGUAAGCGUGUCCGAGAUGAUACCAAUGGAAGAUUUAAAUGAAUGUACAACGACAACACAAACAGCAACACAAAUCAUAAAAAACAAAAGUAAAAUGACUGAAAGUUUUGAGAAUGAAACAAGCAAGGUUUCUACGACUGAAGUGAUGUUGACAAAGACAGCAGGAAUAGAAAACGGCAUAACAACCGAAGAAAACGAACAUAAGGAAUCUCCUGCGAAACAUGACACAUCGUCGAACAGAGAAUUUAUAGUGAUCUUUACAUCGGCGGGGUCAGCAGUUUUAAUUGCUGUAUGUGCCUCCAUCUGUACAUAUUGGAAAUUGAAAACGGGAUUAAGAGCAGUCAAUAAUCCAGUUACUCAAAUCGAUAACACGACAGGUCAACACCAAGCCAUUGAUGCAAAUAUUUUACAAAUUCCUCUACAAGAUAGCACAUAUGUUCAUUACCAUGAAAUUUCAGAAGUUUCUACAGUACAUAUUAAUUUAGAAUUUGACAACCAGAACAAUGAAAUAAACAUCGCAAACAGACUUGAUGGUAAUCUGUCAACACCCACGAUGGAAACGGGAACUAUUAACCAAAUGCUUAAUUUGACAGAGGACGAUCAACGUUGGGCUGGAAAACAUCUAAAAAACUAUCCUGUGCCGAUUGUGUUUAUGACAUUAGCAGAGACGACAUUUUCUGAUGUUGAUGUACCUGGAUCCGGAAUUCUCAGGCACGUAUUUUGA